AACUCAGCCAGUUCCAGCAGCUGUUAGAGAGCAAAGGCCGCUACCUAUUUAAAGUGCAAACAUGGUGUUAGCAGCCAUGGGAAGGAAGAUAACAGCGGCGUUGCGCUCCCUCAGCAAUGCCACCAUUAUCAACGAAGAGGUUUUAAAUGCUAUGCUAAAAGAGGUCUGUGCUGCCCUGUUAGAAGCUGACAUGAACAUCAAACUGGUGAAGCAGCUCAGAGAAAAUGUCAAGGCAACCAUUGACCUUGAGAACAUGCCCUCUGGGCUGAAUAAGAGGCGAAUGAUCCAGCAUGCUGUUUUCAAGGAGCUUGUUAAGCUGGUGGACCCUGGUGUAAAAUCAUGGACACCUACAAAAGAAAGGAACAACAUCAUCAUGUUUGUUGGUCUUCAGGGUAGUGGAAAAACCACAACAUGUACUAAGUUGGCAUAUUACUACCAAAGAAAAGGAUGGAAAACAUGCUUGAUCUGUGCUGACACUUUUAGAGCAGGUGCCUUUGAUCAGCUUAAACAAAAUGCAACAAAAGCCAGAAUUCCCUUUUAUGGAAGUUACACAGAGAUGGAUCCAGUCAUAAUAGCUGCUGAGGGAGUUGAAAAAUUCAAGACAGAAAACUUUGAAAUAAUCAUUGUUGACACUAGCGGAAGACAUAAGCAAGAAGAUUCACUGUUUGAAGAAAUGUUGCAGGUUUCGAAUGCUGUGCAACCCGACAACAUCGUGUACGUGAUGGAUGCAUCUAUUGGUCAGGCUUGUGAGGCUCAGGCUAAGGCCUUCAAAGACAAGGUAGAUGUGGCGUCCGUCAUUGUUACUAAGCUGGAUGGCCAUGCUAAAGGUGGUGGUGCUCUUAGUGCAGUUGCUGCCACAAAGAGUCCUAUCAUUUUCAUUGGCACAGGCGAGCACAUUGUUGACUUUGAGCCUUUUAAAACUCAGCCCUUCAUAAGCAAACUGCUUGGCAUGGGAGACAUUGAGGGACUUAUAGAUAAAUUUAAUGAACUCAAACUUGAUGACACUGUGGAGCUACUGACAAUUGACAGACUUAAACAUGGUCAGUUCACACUCAGGGACAUGUAUGAGCAGUUCCAGAACAUCAUGAAAAUGGGACCCUUUGGGCAAAUCAUAGGUAUGAUCCCAGGCUUUGGAACAGACUUCCUGAGUAAAGACAAUGAACAGAAGUCUGUGGCCAGGCUAAAUAAAUUUCUGACCAUAAUGGACAGUAUGAAUGACCAAGAACUGGACAACAAAGAUGGUGCAAAGUUGUUCAGUAAGCAGCAAAACCGGGUUCAGAGGGUGGCACGGGGUGCAGGUGUAGCCACCAGAGACGUGCAGGAACUACUUACCCAGUACACGAAAUUUGCUCAGAUGGUCAAAAAAAAGGGUGGCAUUAAAGGUUUAUUUAAAGGAGGCGAUAUGUCCAAGAACGUUAACCCAUCUCAGAUGGCCAAACUGAACCAGCAGAUGGCAAAGAUGAUGGAUCCCAGACUGCUGCACCACAUGGGUGGCAUGGCUGGUCUACAGUCGAUGAUGAGACAGUUUCAGAAAGGGGCGUCUGGCAACAUGAAAUGAAUGAUGGGAUUCAACAAUAUGUGAACACUUUCAGCCUUUAAUAAAAAUGGAAAUAAACCUGAUGGAUUUUAAAAAAAGUGAAGAUUUUUUUUUCCUGCUUUUUUUUUUUUGCUUUUUGCUUAAGACUACGCAAUUUAAUAAAACGUAAAAUAUAAUGUAAAAAAAAUACUUAAGUAUUUAUAAAUCUGAGAUUUUCUAAAGAAAGCAUUCAGUGUUCAGAUUGUUUCAUGUUAAAUAUUGGUCAGUGAGAUAUAAGUAGUUUUCAAACAUUUAAAGCUUACAUCCUGUAAUGCAAAUUUUGUUUAUAAAAAGAGUUUUAUAAAUGCAGUCUAAAUUUUAACAUUAACAUUUACAUUUUAUUAUAGUUUUAUGAUAAUAUGUAUAAUAUAGUUUUAGGUUUAAUCUCAUUGUGUGUCUCUUUUUGGUUUUUUUAAGACUGCAAGGAAAGGUGAAAUGUAAAGGAGUCUCUGCUACUUGUGUACAACACAAUACACAUGUUCUGUUAUUAAAAACACUGCAAGUAA